AUGGACACUAUCAAGCCGGCUCUAUAUCCCGCUUCCACCGUGGAAACGGAUCUGAAGCCUACCGCCCAAGUGGGUAGGGAUCACAUCGACCUCCGUCCACAUGAGUCUUAUGAGGGAGCACACCGCUGGGAUCCUUUGGCAGAGUGGUCUCCCGAGGAAGAGGCCCGAGUUGUGCGGAAAGUAGAUAUUUAUCUGCUGUCUUGGCUAUGUUUGAUGUUCCUGGGAUUGCAGCUUGACCGAGGGAACAUAUCGAACGCCCUGACAGACAAUCUCUUGCCAGAUCUCGGCCUGGACACGAAUGACUACAACAACGGCACUACCGUGCAACUCGUCUGCUUCCUUUUGGCAGAGUUUCCAGUUCAGCUCUUGAUCAAGCGUUAUGGCUUCAAGCAGAUUCUGCCCUUAAUGAUGAUGGGCUGGGGUACCGUCUCAUGGGGCCAAGCAUUCAUGACCAACAAGACCGGCUUUUACAUCACUCGCGCAUUGAUUGGUUUGUUCGAAGGCGGUUUCAUCCCAGGAACGAUCCUCUUCGCAUCUUACUUUUACAAGUCUGCCGAGUUGUCGCUACGUCUGGCGGCUUUCUGGUCCACUCUCAACAUUGCCCGUGUCAUCUCUGCUCUUCUGGCUGCGGGUAUCUUGGAGAUGCGUGGUAUCCACGGCCGUCCCGGGUGGUUCUGGUUGUUCCUACUCGAAGGCCUUUUGACUUUCGUCAUCGGUCUCGUUAGCUACUUCUACCUGCCUCACUCACCUACUCGUACAAAGAGUGUAGUAUGGCGUAAAGGAUGGUUCAACGAGCGUGAAGAAACCAUUCUUGUAAACCGUAUCCUACGAGACGACCCCGCCAAAGGAUUGACAGCAAUCCAAGAACCAGCUACCAUGCGCGACAUCGUCAACACCUGGAAAGACAGCUCAACAUGGGGCCUGUAUUUGAUCGGUCUGAUUGCAUAUAUCCCUGCAGCACCCGUUUCUGGUUACCUCUCCCUGACCCUGAAGCGUCUUGGUUUCUCGACUUUCAACUCCAACAUGCUCACCAUUCCUGCCGCUGUCUUGCAAAUCAUCUUGAUGCUCGGAUUAGCAUACAGCAGUAGUUACUUCCUCGAACGCACAUGGCAUUGUAUCGUCGGCGAGUUCUUCGUCAUGCCACUACUCAUCGCUCUCCUCGCUCUACCCGCAGGCGGCUACAAUUGGGGCCGCUUCUCCAUCUCGACAAUGAUCAGUGGAUAUCCCUACUUCCAUCCAAUCGUCGUGGCCUGGCUCAGUGAAAACACCUUUGACGUCAAGAAACGCGCCAUCUCUGCUGCCACAUACAACGUCAUCGUGCAGAUCGGCAGCAUUAUCAGCUCCCAGAUCUACCGCAAGGAUGAUGCACCUUACUACUACCGUGGCAACAAGGUUCUGGUUUCCAUUUGUGCGUUGUCACUCGUCGUUUUUGUUCUCCAGCGUGAGUAUCUGCGCUACAUGAACCGUCGCAAGGAGAAGGAGUGGUCGCAGAUGAGCAAGGAAGAGCAGCUGGCUUAUCAGUCAGACCAGGCCGAGAGAGAAAAGGAUGGCAACAAGAGAUUGGACUUUAGAUUCCAGUAUUAA